UUCUGGCUUUACUGAGCUGAUUGGUCUAACUUAACUGCAGCACAAUGAGCUGUCAGGAGGGCUUUUAGUUUUGUUUGUUUUUUCUUUUAGUGGAGGUGUCCAAUUUCACAGCCGCUCACUUCCGGCCUACGAAGGACCCGGCCCAUGAAGACCAUCCUGCUGAGGCUGGUCCUCAGGAGAAUGCAAUCUCUAAAUUUGGACACCCCCAGUGACUGGUUUUACACGUCCAUAAGUCUUUUCAUAUCAGCCAAAACAUUAAAUGAAAAUUUAAACUGGGCUUAAUCAAGUAAAAGACACACAAUACCUCGUGAGUUCAGUUAAAUUGAAAAUAAAAUAAAAUAUGCUCUAAAAUCUUCAAUCUUAAAAGAUAAAGUCUGAGUAAAAAAUAUGUUUUAUUUGGUUAUAUUUUUUAAAUGUAUGCACUAAUUUUAUAUCUUUUGUGUUCACAGGCUGUAGUAGCUUUUUUGUCUGCAGACAAUUUAAUGGUGUCAGGAAAAUGAAUGAUUUGAUAAAAGUUGUUUGCCAUUAAGCUCUGCGUUUUUGGGGUGUGUUUCGUUCAGCUCUGGUUUGAAUCACUGCUCUUAAUCUAUCGCUUCACUUCCUUAUCGGGACUUUUGAUUUUCCCGCUUCAACAGACGAGCCGUUGAUCACGCGCACAGAUUGGACCAAUUAGCGCUGCCCACACGCCGGCGCUGGCUUUAUAAGAGUGGUGACGGCAAGCUCAAACUCACAACUCGUUUCCCUGAAGAAAGCAAUCUGAUAGUCACUAAACAUGGCUAGAACGAAGCAGACAGCACGUAAAUCCACUGGAGGAAAGGCUCCCAGAAAGCAGCUAGCUACCAAGGCUGCCCGUAAGAGCGCCCCAGCCACCGGUGGCGUGAAGAAGCCUCACCGCUACAGGCCCGGUACUGUGGCUCUGAGGGAGAUCCGCCGUUACCAAAAAUCUACCGAGUUGCUGAUCCGCAAGCUACCUUUCCAGCGCCUGGUCCGGGAGAUUGCUCAGGACUUUAAAACCGACCUGCGCUUCCAGAGCUCCGCCGUUAUGGCUCUGCAGGAGGCAAGUGAGGCGUACCUGGUCGGUCUAUUCGAGGACACCAACCUGUGCGCCAUCCACGCCAAAAGAGUCACUAUCAUGCCCAAAGAUAUCCAGCUGGCCCGCCGCAUUCGCGGAGAGAGGGCUUGAGCUGAUCUGAGAUCAGUUUCUACACAACAACGGCUCUUUUAAGAGCCACACACACAUCUGAAGAGCUAAAUCUGUCACAUUUAUCAAAGUCAAUAAUCACUGAUUAUGAGAAUCUUAAAUUCUGUGUUAUAAACUGUUCGUGAGAGAGCACGGGAAAAUACUGUCUGCUGCUAUUGCAUGCAAGACCUCUAAUAAUUUGUAAUUAUUGGCCUUAGUUUAAGAAAGUAUAGGGACUGUACUUUAGGUAUGAACUUUUUAGGGUACUGUGGCAUAUUUUUCUUAUAUUUGACUGUGUGCUAAAAGAACAUCAUUAAAAUUGCAUAGUGCUGUAAAUAACCUUAUACUAAAUUUUGUUAAAUUACAAUAAACACUUUAAAUUAAACCCAGAAUAGUUAUUUCGGAUGUUAAAAGGUUUCAUCCUCACAGUGAAACACUUUGGUAGGACACUGACAAUAUUAAAUUAGAAUCAAAACUAUGCAGUAAAGUAUUUGUCAUUUUCGACG